UUGUUUUGUUAUUGAGAGGUCCAUCUGCUAUCGAUGCAUUGCCAAUCAAUUGAUGACGUCGGCGGCCCCGAUCGAACAGGGCAAUACCAUUUCCCCCGUGGCUGGGAAUCUACCCAAUCUCGAACAGUAGCCCCAGCAGAGACAUGCUGACCGCCUUGGGGAAAACACAGAGAGACGCGAUGCGACGAGAACACUGCCCAAUGCAAUAAAUACUUGGCGCAAAUAUUCAUCAGCACUCAGUCUCGUUCUAAGUCUCAGCCCGAGCGUGCCGAUACAGAUUGUUAGUUAGUGACAAAACGCCGUAGAACCAGCGAAGUACUCUGAAAAUGUUCACCUCGAUCAGAUCACACCAGCAUCGCGCCGUCGGCCUGAUCUUACGGGCUCUCGUCGCUGGCAGCCUGCUGAUCCUGAUGAGUGCCAUCCACCAGGACACCGACGACUCUGGCUCCCAUUACAUUCACCCGCGGCACGCAAUGCAGUAGCCCCGACCAGGCCCGUCACCUUGCAGCCAAUAUUACUUAGUUUUACUCGUAAUAAGCGUAGGUUAAGUGCAACAAAAUUGUAAUCUACAGUUCACAGUCCGUUUCCGGAUUGUCGCAAUGAUCGUGACUGCGCUCACCUACUAGCAAAAGCUGUAAAGAGUAACCGGUUGCGGCAAGUGCGACCUUCCCAAUGGCUCACCCCUGAUGCAGGGGAGAGACCAGACCACCUAUUUAUGGAUAAAAAUGUCGUUCAAUUAAUAUGUCUAGUUGCUGCCUAAUGAAUUUUUAGCCGUCCAAUAACUCUUUGGCUAUGGAGCAGCCUUACUUUCCCGUAAGCCAUGUCUCUGUGGUCCAAAUGUGUUUAUUUAUUUAUUUAUUACUUAUCUAAGCAGGCAGCACAUGUGCGGAAUAUAUUGCUUUUUCCUUGACACACUUCAAAUUCUGACCUCAUACUGUCGCAAAAUGAAUUAAUUUAAAGUUUAUAGUACAUACCUAGUAAGUAAACAAGUUGAAGAAUAAAACAAAACGAUUUAGGAA